CGCGGGUGGAGGUCGUUGCGUCAAAUUUCACAAAUCAUGAAUGAAUUCUAACUUUUGUCGCGUAAUUGUCACGAAUUCGGCCCGUUUUCCAUCCUGGUUGUGCGCAGCGUGUUUCCACUUAACACACACUGAACGAUGAACGAGGUCAGCGGAGGGAAACAAGAUAUUGCUAAUGCCCCCACGUGGGAAACAUUAUCCGGACAAUCUGCAUCUUCUUUCUCUGCUAUGCACCAUCACCAUCAAUCGUUGCAGCAAGAUGCGACUCCCACAGUUGCACAAGUGAUAGUUCCUACUCCUGUCAAGCUUCAAGCUUCUAUGUUAAGCUCCCCGCAGACUAUAGACCACUGUUCGCAACUGGGUCAUGUGCAACAGUCAACUUUGCUCGCGCAGGGUACACCUCCAGGAAGUUUUGCGGAAUCAGAACUUUCGCCGGAGUUGCAGCAGCAAGGAUGGAAGAAGUUUUGGAGCAAACGAGAGAAUCGACCGUACUUUUGGAAUAAGUUGACUGGAGAGUCACUGUGGGUCGUUCCACCUUUGAAACCGCAGUUCGAUCCGAUUACGGAUCCGCUUGGCAUCUGCAGUAUACAACCAGUUUCUGGGAACGGAGCUAUUCCUUCAACGGGGACAGUGAAACGUAGAGCAUCGGAGGACAGCAUCGUUCCACCUGCGAAAAAAUUUGUCCUGGCAGGACCCUGGGACCUAGAGAUACCAACAAACGUGAUAAUCUACGAGCGAUCACCCUCAAAUCUGCCCCACGUGCACCCAGAAGCGGAAGCCCUGCGAUGCGGUCUGCUUUCCAAACUCAGACAAUGCUACCAAGAACUAUGCCACACUCGUGAAUCAAUAGAUGCCCCUAAAGACUCUUUCAACCGAUGGUUAAUGGAACGAAAAGUGAUCGACUGUGGCUCUGACCCUCUUCUUCCUAGCCAAUGUUUCCCAGAAAUUUCUAUGUCCAUGUACAGGGAAAUAAUGAACGACAUCCCAAUAAAAUUAGUUCGUCCAAAAUUCACCGGGGACGCCAGAAAACAGCUCUCCAGGUAUGCAGAAGCGGCGAAGAAGAUGAUAGAAUCCCGGGCAGCCUCUUCAGAAAGUAGAAAAGUGGUGAAAUGGAACGCCGAGGACACUUUUCAGUGGCUCAGACGAACUGUGGGCGCGACUUUCGAUGAUUUCCAAGAUCGUUUAGCUCAUUUGAAACGCCAAUGUCAACCACACCUCACCGAAACGGUCAAAGCAAGCGUGGAGGGUAUCUGUUUAAAAAUUUACCACCUGUCCACGGAGUAUGCAAAGAAGGUGAAAGACAAAAACACCCAAAUUCUAAAAGACAACAGCUUGGAAAACGUAAUACCCUUGGGAGGGCCAGUUAGUACUCAGAGAAAAGUCUGGUGUUACCCUGUGCAAUUUUCUUUACCAACCCCCAGACUUCCACAAUUGGAUUAUCUACCGGAACGGGAGCAGACCUUGCUCCGUUUCCAUGGGGACACCGUGUGUAUUAACAACAUGCACCUGGCUAAACUGGAACAUCUUUAUAGAUAUAAUUGUUUCGAUGACAAGAAGUUCGAGAUGUUUCUGCCCAGAGUAUGGUGCGUUUUGAAAAGGUAUCAAACCUAUCUGGGGAUAAACGAGGGCCAAGCGACCCAGAUGGCGCUGCCUGUCACGGUUUUCGAAUGUUUGCAAAGGUCAUUUGGGGUCACUUUCGAGUGUUUCGCCUCGCCUUUGAAUUGCUAUUUCAGGCAAUAUUGCUCGGCAUUUGCGGACGUGGACUGUUAUUUCGGGUCCAGGGGCCCGUUUCUGGACUUCAGGCCCGUCAGUGGGUCUUUCCAGGCCAAUCCGCCAUAUUGCGAAGAACUGAUGGAGGCUAUGGUGAAUCAUUUUGAGAGAUUGUUGGCCGAUUCGACGGAACCCUUGUCGUUUGUGGUUUUCUUGCCGGAGUGGAGGGACCCGGCACCUAACGCACUUAUCAAAUUGGAAGGGAGCCAUUUUAAGCGGAAACAGGUCGUCGUGCCAGCCAUGGAGCACGAGUACCGGCACGGGUUUCAGCAUAUAUUACCCAAAGGCGAAGUUAAUAUCAGAGCAGCUCACGGGACAUUGGUCGUAUGGCUUCAAAAUGCAGCUGGUGCAGCGCGAUGGGGACCUACGGAGGAGAGGGUGGAAGCGUUGCUGGAAGCAUGGCGUCCCGGGAAAGAGAGAGAACGAGACAGACAAGAACUUCUAUCACCGCCCAGACAGACUCAUCAACCGAUACCUUCCACGCCUAUUCCUGCCCUAACCACGCCCACGACUCCCACGGUACAGUUACAAACACUGUCCACGCAUCCUAUGUAACUAUCAUAAAACGUCUCGAGACUGGAAAGAAUUAUAAUAAGUCCCGUACUUUGAUUUCCAAACUCUUUCCUAUAAGAAAAUCGAAUUUUCUAUCCCCGAAGAAAAAUUGUUAGAUAUACCGUCCAGAGACGACUUGUUGGCUAGGCACUGGUAAGCUGAACAGCACAGGAGCGAGGGGAGUAAAGUCGCUUGCCCACCAAAAAACCUCACUUCUAGCUUCUUAGCAGUCACGCUACUAUUCAUCGUUAAUAUUCCGAGCUUACGACUACGCCAAUGUCGUUCAAUAUGUCAAAAUCAAUAUUUAUCACGCAAUGCAAUUGUAGUUGCGAUUGACUCAGCCAAUAAUAACAAUGCAUGUAUGGACAAUCAUCACUAUUGCGCUAUAAUUAACGUGGCUAGUCAAAAAGUCAUCUCUCCAUGGUACAAAUUGUCAAAUCACUUCCUGAGGGCAAGUUUGAACAUCGAUUUUAGGUAGAUCGAGCACGCCUUAAUAUAUACUUUCGUACUGUAUUCUAUAGAUUGUAUCGAUCAACGAAUUGAUUUCGAACACAAUGUUUGGAUAAAUUGCGUAGUUUUUAACGAUGGGGGAAAAAGUUCGUCGGAACCAAUCUUGUUUUGAUUCGGGGGUGGAAAUGAAUUAUGGUAGAGAGAGAAUUCUCUAAAGGUAAAAUUUUUCAGUAAUUCAAGGGCACCGAUAUUAUUUAAAACGAGAUUACAUAUUUUUAUGUAUGAAAUGUUAAAAUGAAAACCGUAAUAUAUUGCAACGUUGAACCUUCGAAUGACCUUGAAUAUAAAACAAAUAUUAUAAGUUGUUCGAAAAUCAUUGACAAUUUUAUGAUCGGAUAUAAUAGUGGAAAUCGGGGGAAAAUUGGGACUUGAAAUAUUUCGGUUGCUUUUAAUGUGAGAAAAUAAUAUUAGAGGAAAGUAUUAUUUGUUUGGAAAGUUAGAAUUUUCUCGAGGUCAUAUUUUUUGAUG